AUGAGCGGUGACAAGACUACCUUCCAGCCCAAGGACGAUGCCAACUGCAGCGGAGUCAUAGCCCCCAUCCGCUACCGCAUGAUGCACACGAACGACAAUCCCAGAUGCAAGAAGAAUCCCCAACCGACCGCGGAUGACGACGCCAUGUGCGGGCUGAGCUGGAGAUGCGGCGCGUUCACCGGCAAAAAGGGCAUGGACUUUGAAGUAGUUGACCACGAUAGCCAAGAAGUAGAUCCUCAGACUCCUGUAACUCUAUGGCGAGCUAUGAAACAGGGGACGACUCAUCGAGACAAGAAAGGCCCGGCCACUCUUGACUGCGGCCAAAUGCCAAGGGCGAAGCUUUAG